AUGGCACCGCUGGUGAACUCCCCAACGGAUGACCACUCCGUAGCGACCCACCUGACGUUUCUACGAGAGAUGCUGAUGCGCGACUACAACAAGCGUGUAGAUGACUACCUGUUUAUUGUGGGAGACAACUGCUACACUAAUCAGCGCCUUGAUAACCUCUUGAGUGUGUCACUGGUCGGCGGUGCAAGCCACCGCCUGAAUCUGGCGGUGCAGAACUUUUUCCGUGAAGUAUCGGACGAUUUAGACAAAGUCAAGUCGCUGAUGGUCAAACUGAAGAGUUUAAACCAAUCCUCAAACCUCAGGUUCAAAGCUCCAUUGAGGCCCCUGCUAAGUCAGGACACUCGCUGGAGCUCCACGACCUGUCGAAAGUCGAUUCUGUCAGCAAGGAGUUGCAGGCUUCUACGGUAUCACUCCUGGACGCGCGUGUGUACUUCGAUGGACGAUUGGAUUCGCUGCCUGCGCUGGUAUCGCAUAUCGGUAAUGCUACUCUUUCUGCGAUUGUGCACUCGCUUCAUUUUGAGGCUGCGUGUGUAA